AGACUGAGCGCUCCGCUUUCUGUUUCCUUCUCCGGGCGGCUGAUAACGGCGGCUCGGGUGUGAGCUAACCCUUUGUUGUGGGUGUUUGUGCCGCGAUUUCUUCUGUAUUCGCUUCACGUGUGGCUUCGUUAUUGCUCUUGUCGAUAUUAUUAUUUGUUUGUUUGUUUGUUUGUUUGAGCUGGACGUGUUUCGGCUGGGGAGCUUUCGCGUCCCCUUUACCUCAGCGGUGCGGUGGGAUUAAGGUGGGGGGAAGGCUUUUCUGAUCGCGUAAUUUUCAGUGAAAGUAGGAAAUUCUGUCGGUACGGCGGAAGAGGCGCUCCAGCACGGGCUUACCAAAGGCAGAUGUUCUACCCAAGCUCCUGAAGGAGGGAGCAAUCGGAAAAGAAACAUGGAUGUCAAGAGUAGAAAUUAUUUACUUAUGAAUCGCCAAGCACUGGAAAAAGACAUCAAGACUUCCUAUAUUAUGGAUCAUAUGAUUUCUGAUGAAGUGCUAACAUUACAAGAGGAAGAGAGAGUGAAACAGCAGAACACACAGAAGGAGCGAGCAGCCAUGCUAAUAAAUAUUAUUCUUACAAAAGAUAAUAAUUCAUAUAGAUCCUUUUAUAAUGCACUGCUUCACGAAGGGUACAGAGAUCUUGCUGCGCUUCUUCAGGAUGGCAUCCCUGCUGUCUCGUCUGGUAACAGAAAGAGUUCAAUGGAUGGAAUGACUUCAUAUGUGAAGACAGUUCUCUGCGAAGGAGGUGUACCACAGAGACCAGUUGUGUUUGUCACUCGGCCGAAACUGGUAGAUGCUAUUAAAAAGAAGCUGUCCUGCUUGGGAAGUGAUCCAGGCUGGGUCACAGUUUAUGGAAUGGCAGGCUGUGGGAAGACUGUUUUAACAGCAGAAGCUUUAAGGGAUCAUCAGCUCUUGGAAGAUUACUUUCCAGGAGGAGUUCACUGGAUCUCUGUUGGAAAGCAAGACAAAGCAGGCCUCCUAAUAAAACUUCAGAAUCUCUGUAGUAGGUUAGAACAUGACUCGACUCUUUCACAGAGGUCACCACUUAACAUUGAGGAGGCUAAAGAUCGUCUUCGUUUGCUGAUGUUACGCAAAUAUCCCAGAUCUCUUUUGGUCCUGGAUGACAUUUGGGAUUCCUGGGUACUGAAAGCAUUCGAUAAUCAGUGUCAGGUUCUUAUCACCAGCAGGGACAGGAGCGUAACAGAUGCUGUGACUGGCAAUAAAUUUGAGGUUCAUGUCGAGAGUGGACUAGCACAUGAGAAAGGACUGGAGAUUUUAUCCCUGUUUGUGAAUAUGAAAAUAUCAGAACUGCCAGAACAAGCUAACUCUCUUGUAAGAGAAUGCAAAGGUUCUCCUCUUGUGAUAUCCUUGAUAGGUGCAUUAUUACGAGACUUCCCUAGUCGUUGGGAAUACUAUCUCAGACAGCUGCAGAAUAAGCAGUUUAAAAGAAUAAGAAAAUCUUCAUCUUAUGAUUACGAAGCCCUUGAUGAAGCAAUGUCCAUAAGUGUUGAGCAACUAAAUGACAAUUGCAAAGACUACUAUAAAGACCUCUCUAUUCUCCCUAAAGAUGUUAAAGUACCGACUAAGGUUCUCUGUAUUCUUUGGGAUAUGGAAACUGAAGAAGUUGAAGAUAUACUGCAGGAAUUUGUUAACAAAUCACUCUUGUUCUGUGAUCGUAACGGGAAGUCAUUCCAUUAUUAUCUACAUGAUCUUCAACUUGACUUUCUCACAGAGAAGAAUCGCAACCAACUUCAGGAGCUACAUAAAAACAUAGUAAAUCAGUACAAGAAAUAUUACAAACUGAAGACGCCUGUUCCAUCCCAAGAGGACUGCAUGUACUGGUAUAACUUCCUAGCGUAUCACAUGGCUGGUGCCAACAUGCAGGAGGAGCUCCGUGAUCUUAUGUUUUCUUUAGAUUGGAUUAAAGCUAAAACAGAAUUAGUAGGGCCUGCUCAUCUGAUUCAUGAAUAUGUAGAAUAUAGUUCAAUCCUGGAUCAAAAGGAUAGCACAGUACGUGAGAACUUCCAGGAAUUUCUCUCUUUAAAUGGGCAUCUUCUUGGACGGCAGCCAUUUCCUGACAUUAUACAGCUGGGACUUUGCCAACCAGAAACAUCAGAGGUAUAUCAACAAGCCAAGCUACAUGCUCAAAGAGAAACAGGAACAUUUUAUUUGGAGUGGAUAAAUAAAAAAUCCUUGAAAAACCUCUACCGUCUAGUUGUUCGUCCACACAGAGAUGCAGUUUACCAUGCCUGCUUUUCUAAGGAUAGACAAAGGAUAGCAUCAUGUGGAGCAGAUAAAACACUUCAGGUGUUUAAAGCAGAAAGUGGAGAGAGACUCCUGGAGAUAAAUGCCCACGAUGAUGAAAUACUUUGUUGCGCUUUCUCUGCAGAUGGUGAAUUUGUAGCAACCUGUUCAAGUGAUAAAAAAGUGAAGAUCUGGAACUCAAGAACAGGCCAGUGUUGGCGUGUAUACGAAGAACACUCAGAGCAGGUCAAUUGCUGCCAGUUCAAUAACAGAAGGGGUCAGUAUCUCCUAGCCACCUGCUCAAAUGACACUUUCAUCAAACUUUGGGAUGUGAAUGAAAAGUAUUGUAGAAAUACGAUGAUAGGUCAUGAAAAUUCUGUCAAUCACUGUAGAUUUUCACCAAAUGAUGAAUAUGUUGCUAGCUGCUCAACAGAUGGAACAGUAAAGCUUUGGGCAGCAUGCUCAGGAAAUGAACUGAAAAGUAUUGAGAUAAAAGAUUUCUUCAAAAAUGCAGAUGAGCAACCAGAUGAUGUGGACGUCUUAGUAAAAUGUUGCUCUUGGUCCAGAAAUGGUGACAUGAUUUUGGUAGUAGCCAAAAAUAAGCUUUUGCUUUUUGAUACUGAAACAUGUGAUUUGGUAACGGAAGUCAUCAUCAGUCAUCACAGUACAAUCCAAUACUGCGACUUUUGUCCUGGUGAUGAGUUAGUAGCAGUUGCCUUGUCUCACUGUUCUGUUGAGUUGUGGAAUAUUAAAUCUCUGUCAAAAGUGGCAUAUUGCAGGGGACACAUGAGCUGGGUUCACUGUGUGGCAUUUUCACCGGAUGGAUCUUUAUUUCUGACAUCAUCUGAUGACCAGACAAUACGCAUCUGGGAAACAAAGAAGGUGUGCAAGUCUUCUGAUGAUGUGCUGAAAAGUGAACUAGAUGUUGUAUUUCACAAUGGUGAAGUGAUGAUUUUAGCCAUUUAUAAUCAGAAGCACUUACAACUUAUCAAUGGAAAUACAGACAAUGUUAUUAUGCAGACAGCAGCCCAAGAAUCCCCCAUUUCCUGCUGUUGCUUAAGCAAAGAUCUUAAAUUUGCAGCUUUUGGACAGGAAAGUGGAACAAUAAAGGUAUGGAAUUGGGAGUUGAGCGAACAUGUGUUUCUAAGAGGGCACAUGGAAGCAAUCAAGGAUUUUAGACUUCUGGAAAAUUCAAAACUUCUCUCUUGGUCAUUUGAUGGAACUGUUAAGGUUUGGAAUAUCACAACUGGAAACCUAGAAAAAGAUUUUGCUUGUCAUGGAGGUGCUGUGCUUUCCUGUGCUGUUUCACCUGAUGGUAGUAAAUUUUCAUCUACUUCUGCUGACAAAACUGCAAAGAUAUGGAGCUUUGAAAGCUCUGCUGUUCUUCAUGAGCUGAAAGGUCAUGAAGCCUGUGUGCGGUGCUGUACUUUCUCUCCUAACAACAAAUUAUUGGCCACUGGAGAUGACAAAGGAGAAAUAAGGAUUUGGGACGUUUUAGCAGGUGCAUUACUUCACUUCUGCUCCCCAGUUACUGUAGACGAAGGAGAACCAACUCACGGGGGUUGGGUAACAGACCUCUCAUUUUCUUCUGAUAGUAAAAUGCUUGUGUCAUCUGGAGGCUAUCUUAAGUGGUGGAAUGUAACUACUGGAGAAUCCUUACAAACCUUCUACACAAAUGGAACAAACCUCAAGUCAAUACAUGUGUCUCCUAAUUUCAAAGUGUAUGUGACUGUUGAUAAUCUUGGUAUUCUUUAUAUAUUACAGAAAUUCUGAUCAAUGUGCCGAACACUGCAAGGAUAACUAAUUUUUUAUCUGAAACAAAAUUCUUCUAGACGUUUGUCUGACUCUUCUUAAGCUGUGAAUUACAGUUCAUUGUUGUAUUCAUGUUUUCAUGUAUAUUUAUGUACAUUUAUUUAUGUUUUUUCAAAUGAACUUGCAUUUAAUCUUGCUUUUAAUAAGUGUUAUUAUUAUCCUUAAAUCUUGAUUUGCAUUUUAAGUAUGUUGCUUCCAAUUUGUAAGGAAAUUAUAUUAAGAUUUAUUCAAAUUAGUUGAAAUUAAUAACAGUGAAAAAAUAAUAAGAGUAUAAUACUUUGA